CUUAAUAUUUAUAUUAAUGACAUUUUUGUCGCUUAAAUAGUGUAUAUUAUACACAAUUAUACAGUUAUAUACAGUGUAUAUACAGUUAUAUAUGAUUUAUAUGAAUACUAGCCGUGUAUUAAGUUGAAGUCACAGCGUUUAGUUGCCGAAUCAGUUCAUACAAUACAAUGCAUUCAAAUCAUGCACACAAUACCCGCCGGAGAGCCAAACAAAAGCGAUAUGAGAGAGCAGUCGAGUGACACAAGUGUUUAUUUGGUGUGUUUUAGUGUAUGAUUAGUGGCUUCUGUCGGGAGGGAUAUGUCCGACGAAUUAGUGGCCAUUGGUUUGCCCUCCGAUUUGGCCCUAUCUUACGAACAGUACAGAGACGAUGACUGUUCGGCCAUCGAUGCCAUCAAUUUGUUUGACGUCGACCUCGACAUCGAUGUCGAUGUCGACGAAUUGGCCGAAGACUUUAAUGACUACUCUAUGUAUGAGAACCGCACGGGUCUGGCGGAGGACAUGAAGUUUUUGGCCUCAAUGCCCGAACUCUGCGACAUUACAUUCCUCGUCGGUGAGACCCGAGAGCCGGUCUGCGCUGUGAAGGCGGUGUUGGCGGCGCGAAGCAGAGUGUUUCACAAACUACUGUACGGCCAAAAGCAGCACCAAAUUCCCGGAACCGGUAAUACCGGGAGCGGCGGUAACGCCAAAGAAACCAUAGCUAAGAAAAAAGAAUCGCCAAAAGAUACUAAAUUAAAACUUUUUCUCAAACGCUCGUCAGAACCCAUCUUAAAUGGAUUGCCUUUUAAUCAACAACAGCCUUCAGUGCAAACCCACCAAACGAUGAUCAUCGAGGAGUUCGAGCCCGACGUCUUCAGACAACUCAUUGAAUACAUACACACGGGUUGUGUUACACUACAGGCCAGGACUCUCUUA